CACAGCAUCCUUUGAACACUGAAGUGCCGCUGUAGGGUGAGGCAGGUACUUCUGGUUGAUGCAGAGGUUUGCUGGGGAAGGCAGAGUCCCUCCAGCCAGCGUGACUGGCUCUCACAGGAGUUUGGACUCAAGCCUUUGUGGCUGACAGAGCUGGUUGCUCCAUAAAGCUAGGAUUUACAAUGAGAAUUGUCCGUCUUUGUAACAGCGUGCAGCAUCCACGCUUUCUUGGUUGUAAACUGCAAUUAGGAGCUUUGUCGGACACACCCAGGCUGCUACGUGCAUUCCUUGUAGUCCUGGCUGUGGCAGGAGUUUGGUUGAGGGAGACAGUUGUGAGUGCUGUCCUCAGCCUGGGGUAAGACCUGGCAUCCCACUGUCGGCAGGGCUGUCACAAUGGCAUGGCAGUAUUGGGAAUGCUGUGUUAGGAGCAGGAUGACUUUAAACACUCUUAUCCACUGCUCCAUCCUGGAGCAAUUUGCAUGAGCCUGGAGCAAGGCUGCUGACUUGUCCGGAUGCAGUUACCAGCCGGAUGCACUGUGAUGGUGUGCACACACCUUCUGCUCAAGAUUCUCAGGACUGACUUGUAUGGAGCGAGUGCUCCGUUACAGCCCGCUGUGGCGGAGCUGCUUACUGAACACUCUUCAUGGCUGUCUGCUGCUGCUGGCCGUCCUCUCUGCGAGCCCUGCAGAUCCUGAGACUUUCAAAUAAUGUGUACAAGCUGCAGCGGGUGAUAACCUUUGGCACUGGGGGGGUUGUCCAUUAACUCAACCGAUCGCAAAAGCCACGUCGGUAGCGUCAGGUCUCAGGGGAAGACACGGUGCUGAGCGAGGCUGUUCUCAGGACAGAAAGUGAGGAUGAUAACAAACAUGUACAAGGAUGCCAUCCGGACCCUCAAUACCCUGCAGACCAACGCCAGCUACCUGGAGCAGGUGAAGCGGGAGCGCGGCGACCCCCAGGCUCAGCUGGAAGCCAUGAAGGACUUUCUGGAGCGGAGUGGGCUGAAGGUCGAGGACCUGGAUCGACUGAACAUCAUCCACGUCACGGGGACGAAGGGCAAGGGCUCGGCGUGCGCCUUCACCGAGUGCAUCCUCCGCAACUAUGGGCUGAAGACGGGCUUUUACAGCUCCCCUCACCUGGUGCAGGUGCGCGAGCGGAUCCGCAUCAAUGGGCAGCCCAUCAGCAAGGAGCUCUUCAGCAAGUACUUCUGGCUUGUCUACAACCGCCUGGAAGAGACCAAGGACCCAGUGCAUGCCAGCAUGCCGGCGUACUUCCGAUUCCUCACCAUCAUGGCCUUCCACGUCUUCCUGCAGGAGAAGGUGGACCUGGCAGUGGUGGAGGUUGGCAUUGGUGGUGCCUAUGACUGCACUAACAUCAUCAGGGCACCGGUGGUGUGUGGGGUUUCCUCUUUGGGCAUCGACCACACCAGCAUCCUUGGGGACACCAUGGAGAAGAUUGCCUGGCAGAAGGGGGGCAUUUUUAAGCCUGGUGUGCCGGCGUUCACCGUGGCACAACCAGAGCGACCGCUGAAGGUGCUGAGGGACCGAGCCCGAGAACAGAAGUGUCCUCUCUACCUCUGCCCGGAGCUGGACGCCUUCGAGGGGGACCACCGGGCGCUGGAGCUGGGGCUGGCAGGUGCCCACCAGCGGUCCAACGCUGCCCUGGCCUUACAGCUGGCACGGACGUGGCUGCAGCGCCGCGGCUGCUGGGGUCUCGGGGAGCUGAAGGAGGCGCUGCCAGGAGCCGAACUGGUGGGGAGGCCGGUGCCACUGGCACCCGCUUUCCAACCCACCGAUGCCAUGAUCCAAGGCCUGAGGGACACGGAGUGGCUGGGCCGGACCCAGGUGCUGCCCCGUGGCCCCGUGACGUGGUACCUGGAUGGCGCUCACACCACCAGCAGCAUCCAGGCCUGCGUCCGCUGGUUCCGUCAAGCUGCCCUCAACCAGGACAAGCCAAAUGACGGUUCCGAGGUGCGCGUGCUGCUCUUCAAUGCCACGGGGGACCGGGACACAGCGGCGCUGCUCAAGCUGCUAGUGCCGUGCCACUUCGACUACGCUGUCUUCUGCCCCAACUUCACAGAGGUGUCAGUGGCCAACAACGCAGACCAGCAAAACUUCAACGUGACUCUGGAGAACGCCUUGACCCGCUGCCUGGAGAACCAGCGGACGUGGACGCGGCUGCUGGAGGAGAAAGCAGGGCAGGACCCUUGGAUCCCGGCUCCCCUGCGGGCGAGGGGGCUGCUGCAGCCAGCCCCUGCCCGAGGGACCCUGCUCCUGGUCCCCCCAGCCCCGCGACCCCUCAAUUCCCCAGCCCUUGUCUUCCCCUGCCUGGCCCAGGCGUUGUGGUGGGUGGCGCAGGGCCGGGACCCCCGGCUGGCAGCGCCCGCUGCCAUGGGGGCUCACCCUCACCCUACUGCCAGCAGCGGGGCCGUGCUGCUGCGGGAGGCGGCCACCGUCCGCGUCCUGGUCACCGGCAGCCUGCACUUGGUGGGGGGGGUCCUCCGGCUGCUCGACCCUGCGCUCUCCCAGUGAUGGGG